AAUGGAUAAUCCGACCAAUGACUUCAUACUCUUACCGAAUAAUAUAAAAAUCCUGCAAAGCAGAAGAAGCACAUUCGAAAAUAGUGCAUUAUUGCAAUUGAGUAAUGUUUUGUCUUCGAAUAGCUCAAACUUAGAGCGGGAGUUAUGUACAGUUAUUAGUCAAUCAGAUAUAAUAUACGUUGAUUUUUGUGGAUGGUUGCGAGAAAGUUCAAAGAAUGAAACAAAAUGGUGUGUUCUCGCAGACGCUUUCCUUUUCAUCUUUUCGAGCAGAGAUGAUGAAAUCGCUUACAGAGUCAUAAUUCUCUCAGGAAAAAGAAUUCAUUGUAGUGGGUCAACAAAUAGUAUAAGUAUUCGAAGUAGUAAGGAUAGUCAUGCCCAAGUAGAAGUUUUUACUGCUCGUUCUGCAAUUGAAAGGAAUACCUGGCUGCAGUUUUUGGAAGUGUCCGUUCAAUUACCCCUAGACGCUUUUCUAUCAUCAAAGAAGUUAAGGAAUGGUUCAAAGCAUUCAAAGAGACCUAGUAUACCUAACUCGAUAGCUGCGAGUGAAUCUUUUGACUCUGUGCUGGACAUUAAACCUCAAAGUAAACUUGUUCGGACAGCCUCUAAUUUAAAGAGGAAACUGUUUAGAUCGAAAAGUAAAUCAAGAAAGUGUGCUAGUCUAAAAUUAAGUGAUUUUCGCGACAAGAAGACGUUCAAUGGCUUUCUAGAGUUGUACGAGAAUAGCAAGUGGCAGGUAUAUUGGUUCGUGCUAUCAGACUGUCGAUUAUAUGCAUUUACAAGCCGUGAUGAGAGUGCGGAAUCCAAAUUUUUUCUAAUAUUGCAUAGUGGGGUUAAAGUGUCGAAGAUGGAUAAUUAUAAAAAUCGGACAUCUAUAUUAGAGGUACUUGAUGAAAAUUCAAGGAGAGAAAUUCUCUCUGCUUCAUCAGAGCAUGACUCUCUAAGUUGGCUCUACGAGCUGCAAAAUUGCUGCAAAUCACCACGAACAGAUGAGGAUGCUAUAUCAACUUCAACAGAAUUUAAUAGCAAUGUUGACGAAGAUGAACCGCCUCCUGUCCUCCAAAUUUUGAAUUUUUACGAAAAAUCUCAUAUGUGGAAGAACAGUCAAGACAAGUGGCGAAAGGAUUAUAAAAUGGACACAGGAAAAAGUCCCGGUGUCAGCUUAAACAAUGAAUAUGUCGACAUAUUUGAUUAUUCAAGUUGUAGCAGUCUGCCGGAUAUCCUAUUAACGCCUGUUCCUUCUGACGAUAAAAACUUAAGUAAUGAUCAGGCGAGGAUUUCACUGUCGCGAAGGCGAUCAAUGUCCGAAAAUGACUUACAGAUGUAUGAAGAAGAUGAUCUGCCUAUCACUAAUAGUAGCAGAGACAAUCUUUCAGCAACCGAUUUUAGCUACGCUCUAAUUAAAGGCUUCGUUGAUCUGAAAAGGAAAGAUGACGAAAGUUGGACAACAUAUUGGGCUAUUUUAAGGCAACCUUCGAUUUUAUAUUUUUAUUCCCGCAAAGUUUCUCCUAUACCUCAUCUUAGGGUUGAUAUUUCAUCUUAUCGAAUAGAUGUUCUUUUUGAUCAAGGUCAAAGAUGUAUCAUUGCGCUAAAAGAUUUUGAGAAUUACGACAACUCUGACCUACUGUAUCUCUCGUUCGAAAGCCAGGACGACAGAGAAAGAUGGUAUGAACAUAUGAGAGCCGUUUGUGCUGUCCGUUCUCCGUCCUACGUCCAGAAUAAUUCCUGUGUAUAUACUCCUGGUCGUAACUCUCUUCCCGAAUUGGACCGUCCCCGAGAUUCACCUCCCAGUAAACUCACUCCAAUAAAUUCCGAUUCUCUAUUGGACAGGCGGACAAGGAGUGCAGUUGCCCUUCCUUACAAUCAUAUUGUUUCAGCCCCACCAACUGUACAUCGAGACACGAGUCAAGAAGUACGGGAUUUAACUAAACUACAACAAAACAAGUUCGCCAUCGAACUUAAAAUUGAAGGUAUUCAAAGGAGAUUGAAUACAAAAAAGACUCACAAGUACUUCCUACCGGGAAUAAGGUUUGGCAGAUCACCGAAGAGGUCGCCAUCUGUUGGCAAGAGUCUUCUUCGAAGGGAACUUGAAAAUUUGAAAAGGGAACAUCGUUUAUUGAACUUACAAGAAAAGUUAGCAAACUGCAGUUUAGCGGCAACAAGCCUAACAGAUUUAAGUAGGCCCAGAGUGUCAUCUUUUAAUUGUAGUCCUGCAACAAGCGGUGAAUCAACGCAGUCGACCUACUCUCACGACAAACCAAGAAAUAGCUGGUCUCCCGGAUCUAAUUCAAAUGGAAAAGUCGCAGAUUUGCUCAAAUCCUAUCUAAAAGAAGAAAUGCAAAAGUAUAAACUGGCCAAAAAUGAAACUGGUUGGGAAGGCCUUCGAGCAGCUAAUCUUUGA